AUGGUAUUUCAGUUUAAGAAGGCAAAUAUCACCCUGAACAAAUUCACAGAGGGCAUCAAGAUAAUAGCAGGUUCAAAAGAGACAGGCAUUUUCAAGCAUGGUAUUUUCUCAACUGUUGAUUUAUCAGUAUUAAGUAUCAGUAUAUCCUUUGAAAACUAUUUAUUUGAAGAACUGAUUUCUACUAGACAGCUUUCAGCAAAAUACAAUCUUUCUUCUUCCACAGAUGUUUCCUCUUCUCAAUUUCUGAAUUUUGAUGUUCGUGAUCCAACACAAAUUAUCCCAGGCGCAACAGCAGUACCACGUGUGCCUACACAAACUUCAGCUGUCACACCAGGAUUCUUUUUCCUCGACAGGGGAGAGAGGACCUCAUUUAUCAUCUGUUCCUUACUGACAGAUUUUAUUUUUCCUACACAAUCUUUAUUAUUUGACAACGAUCAGACUGUUGCCUUAUCUGCUACCACAAUGAGUUCAGUAAUUAGUGGCAUUCCAGGGCCUGAUAUUCAGUUAAACAGGCACUCCUUCCUCUCCCCUAGAUUCCUUCUCACAACUGUUUCCACAAGCAUACCUCCAAUUGUCUCCAGGGGGGCUCAAGAGGAUACUGAAGAAUAUUCAGCUGUUUCCUUAAUUUCAAGAAGAGAGUACUGGAGAUUGCUGAGCUCCUCAAUGUCUCCAAUUUCUCCUGCUAAGAUAAUUAUCUCUAAACAGGUAGCCUUCUUAAACUCAUCAACUCUGCACAGAUUCACUGCACAAGCCUCCAAUCCCAGUGAAUAUCAGAUUAUUACUGAAGCAUCUAGCAACCGGAGACUCACAAACACCAAAUCACAAACUGCUGAUUCCUUAAGUGAAUUAAGCCAAACAUGUGCAACAUGUUCUAUGACUGAAAUAAAAUCCUCUCAUAAAUUCUCAGAUCAAGUUUUGCAUAGCAAACAGUCCCAUUUUUAUGAGACAUUUGGGAUGAACUCAGCGAUAUUAGCCAGCUGGUAUGCACUAAUGGGAACUCAAACUAUCACUUCUGGGCAUUCAUUUUCUUCUGCUACUGAAAUAACACCACCAGUGGCAUUCACAGAAUUGUCAUCUUUAUUUCUGUCUAAAAAGAAUACAAAAGGAAUAAUUUUAUCCUCAUCCUUGGAGGAAGCCAUUACCCUAUCAAGUAAUUUGGAUGUCGAUUUAUGUUUGGAUAAGACUGGUUUAUCCAUUGUCCCUUCACAAACUGAUUUUUUCGACCUGAUGCAUUCUGAUUUGACUUCAAAACUGACUACUGAUGAUCCAUUGCUAUCAAGAAACAUUUUUAAAAUAUUGAAAAUAGGACAAUAUGGUAUAUCUAUGGGUCUCACUGAGGUACUAAAUCAAGAUAAUUUAUUGGGCAUGAAAAAGAGUAAAGAAUCUCAACAACAGCUCGAACUUCUCACAAGUGAUAGUUCUCUGAAUUUUGAAUUAAACUUACAAAGUCACCCAGCAACUGUACGUUCAAAUGAGCUCAAAAACAACCCUCCAUCGUACAUAGCCUCGAUGUCUGACAUUUUAGGAGCAUCCUCUAAUGUUGCAUUAUAUACCGUUUCACCAACUCAGUCACUUCCAAUGCAGACCUCUUUCCCCAUGUCUGCAUUUAUGCCAAAUUGGACACAUUUUACAGAUUAUGUGACUUUAACAUCUGAUUUAAAAGAAGAGUUCAGAACCUCUUCAGAGUGGUCCCAGUGGUACCUUCAACCUAGUGUGCAUGAUUGGGAAUCUGCUCCUGUGGUCCAGAGGCUUCCCUUCACUAGAUCUCUUACUUUGUCUUCACUGGAGUCCAUUCCAGUACCUCGUCAGAUGAUGAUUUCUGAUUUCAGUUGUGUUUGUUAUUAUGGAGAUUCCUAUCUACAUUUUCAGAAUAUAUUUUUAAAUCCACAAAAUAACAUCUCCCUAGAAUUUCAGACCUUCAACUCCUAUGGACUCCUGCUCUAUAUCAAGCAAGACUCAAAUUUAGUAGAUGGAUAUUUUAUCCAAUUAUUUAUUGAAAAUGGUACUUUACAGUACUACUUUUCCUGUGCCAGUGAAGCAAAAUUGAGAAGCAUUAACACCACUAUUAAAGUGGAUGAUGGACAGAAGUACUCACUGUUUAUCAGGCAAGAAUUAGACCCAUGUCAAGCUGAACUGAUUAUUCUAGGGAGGACUAUCAAAGCAAGUGAACCUAUCAAUCAUGUAUCUAGAAAACCUUUGCCAGACUCCGGUUCUGUCUUUAUUGGUGGAUUUCCAGAUCUCCAUGGAACCAACAAGAUUCCUGGACCAAUUGAGAAUUUCACUGGCUGCAUAGAAGUUGUAGAAGUCAAUAAUUGGAGGUCUUUUAUCCCAUCCAAGGCAGCAAAAAAAAUUAACGUGGAUAAUUGCAGCUGCCACUUAGGAACAGCAGCCUCUGCUCUCUGCUACCCCACGAGCCUGGGCCUCAACAAGCGCCGCCAUGUGACAAAGAAUGUGAGCAAGUCAAGGCACAGCCGCCACUGCAGGCACCUCACCAAGCAUGCCAAGUUAGUGCAGGACAAGAUCCAAGAGGUAUAUGGCUUUGUCUAUGAGUAGCACACCAUGGAGCUGCUCAAGGUCUCUAAGGACAAGAGGGCCCUGAUAGUCAUCAAGAAGGCAGAGGGGACACACAUCUAUGCCAAGAGGAAGAGAGGGGAGCUGAGCAAUGUCCUUGCAGCCAUGAGGAAGGCAGCAGCCAAGGACGGAGCCCCAUACCCUCUGUGUAAUAAACCUGGUCAGGAAUUUUGGGCUCCUGUGGUGGCGUUUUGCAACUGGUCCAUUUUCUAUUUAAGACUUUCUCUCAGACAGUGGUGUUGGGGCAUGGCAGUAGGAACAGAAGGAAGCAACAGACAGGCAGUACUGGAAAUAGUCUUUAACCAUUAUUAAAUAGUUCAUAAGCAU